UCGCCCUCAGCUUCUGCCUGUCGCCCCAAGAUGGCGGACACAAUGAACCGGUGCCGCGCCGGUUGGCCCUGAGGCGACCGUGAGGAGGACCGGUCUGCGAGACCCCAUAGUCCCGGCAGAAGAGUGUUGCACAAGCAGGAGGAGGAAGAGGAGGAGGCGGCCCGACUGUCGGCCGCUCUCCAGCCCGCCGCCGGCGCGGCGCCGCGCCCGCCCCGCCCGGGUCGGCCCCUCGGCAGCCCGCCCGUUCGCCGGGCUCCGCCCCGGCUCUGCGCCGCCGCCGCCUCCAGCAGCCGCCGCCAUGAAGCUGACCGACAGCGUGCUGCGGAGCUUCCGCGUCGCUAAGGUGUUCCGCGAGAACUCGGACAAGAUUAACUGCUUCGACUUCAGCCCCAACGGCGAGACGGUCAUCUCGAGCAGCGACGACGACUCCAUCGUGCUCUAUGACUGCCAGGAGGGCAAACCAAAGAGAACCCUGUACAGUAAGAAAUAUGGCGUGGACCUCAUCAGAUACACUCAUGCAGCAAACACAGUCGUUUACAGCUCUAACAAAAUAGACGAUACUAUCCGUUACCUGUCCUUGCAUGACAACAAAUACAUCAGAUACUUUCCUGGACAUAGCAAAAGGGUGGUGGCCUUGUCCAUGUCACCUGUGGAUGACACUUUCAUUUCUGGGUCUCUUGAUAAGACCAUUCGGCUCUGGGAUCUCCGGUCUCCUAACUGCCAGGGUCUCAUGCAUUUACAGGGCAAGCCAGUUUGUUCUUUUGAUCCAGAAGGAUUAAUUUUUGCUGCAGGUGUCAAUUCUGAAAUGGUCAAACUUUAUGAUCUUCGCUCUUUUGAUAAGGGGCCAUUUGCGACAUUUAAGAUGCAGUAUGAUCGGACUUGUGAGUGGACAGGACUUAAAUUCAGCAAUGAUGGCAAACUCAUCCUCAUCUCCACCAAUGGCAGCUUCAUCCGUCUGAUCGAUGCAUUCAAGGGAGUGGUGAUGCAUACGUUUGGGGGUUAUGCCAACAGCAAAGCCGUCACACUGGAGGCCUCGUUUACUCCAGACUCGCAGUUUAUUAUGAUUGGUUCAGAGGAUGGCAAGAUCCAUGUCUGGAAUGGAGAGAGUGGUAUAAAAGUAGCUGUGUUGGAUGGCAAACACACAGGCCCCAUUACCUGUUUGCAGUUCAACCCCAAGUUCAUGACCUUUGCCAGUGCUUGUUCCAACAUGGCCUUCUGGUUGCCCACCAUUGAUGACUGACCUGCAUAGUGCUUGGCUGUUUUCUGUACAGCGAGGGUGGCCAGUAGGAAAAAACUCAGAGGGAACUAAGAUAAUAGUGAGAUUGGAUCAUUUGACUGGGCUGCAGAGCAUCCUUCCACUUGGCCUUCCCAAGGAUGUGCUGUACAUUUGCUCAAAA